AUGGCGUUUGACAGAACGAAAAGAUUCGCGGAAGUAGCCACGUCGACUCCCGCUCAAGGCAGCGUUAGUCUCGAUUACACCGAUGUUAGAUUUAAAGAAAAGGUGUGUGAGGAACCGGGUCCAACAGAGUAUAUCUUGUCGAGCGUUAAGGAAACGCCUCGAAAAAUAAGAUCCUAUCCGGGCACUUGGCACGGUUCCGCAGGCAAGGAGACAAACUUUACCGCUCUGAGGUACAAAGGAAACUUUUGGAGCAGAAUGAAGGGUAGAGAUGACAAACGGACUUCCGUGACCCCGGGUCCCGGAGACUACGAGCACGAAACAAAGAAAAGUCCCGCCCAAAUCCGCAACGAGAGAACUAGGGAAGCGAAAAGAGCCGCCGCUAAGCAGCCGCGUUUCUUGGAAGCUUUGUACCAGCAAAAAUUACGCCAAAACUUUCCAGCUCCCAAUCAUUACGACCUGCCUAAAGGCGUGUUCGAUAGGCGCUCGGAUAAGCGCAAACGUGUUCCGUGUAAAUGUGACCCUCUUACGGUAGAACUGCCGCCGUUCAAUCAUACCGCGAAGAGAUUCGAAGAGAAUUUUCAAUUAGAUACACGCGGGCCUGUAACGUAUGAAAUCACGAUCCCGCAAAUUUGUUACGGUUCUAUUCUUCGUGCACCUUUUGGCGCUUUCGACGAUCGUUUCAAGAGAACUAUUGAUGUGAUACCAGGUCCUGCAGAUUACUAUACGGAGGUCGGAACUUUGGCUUUUGAAUCCGCAAAACGUUUUAAAAAUAAAUGUCAAAAAAUGUUUGAUUACCCAAAACUUUGCAAAACAUUAACAUUGAUAGGCGACGAUGAUGAAUUCACGGUAAUCGAUGAAUAUAAAGUAGUAAAGGAAGUAGACGAAGAAAAAUGUCCGGCAUAUCAUGCAGUCUUCAAAUCAAGAGUGGAUAGAUUUCCCAAAAUUCGCAAACAUGAUGAUGUACCGGAUUCAGGUGCUUACGAAGUUUUAUCAGCCUUCAAAGCUAAUCGUGAUAGAUGUGAUUUCCUUUGUCGACGAUUAACUCCACCCUUCGGUUCACGCGCCAGCCGGUUUCCGAUAAUACCAGAAGACGAUUUCCGUGUACCAGGUAUAAAGUGA